AUGUCCACGUGUGCGAACUCUCCCCGGGAUAUGCUGAAAAAACAUCUUCAUUUCUUGCCGGUCGCGCCCAUUGAGUCUGUAAAUGAAACUAUCUGCGCAAUUUGGGAGUUGGUACGGAGGAUGCCUCCGGUUGGGCUAGACAGCUCCGAGUUUACUUCUCUUAUAUAUCCGUUCAACCAAAGGCCAUCGCACUUUGUCAUUUCUUCCAUCUUUAAGAUACUUAUGAGGGUAGACCUGACAAGUGAUCAAAUACUUUUAUUUCUUAAUUGCCAUCAAAAGCCUAUUGCUGCUGGUGGCCCAUACUCUACUGUGAACUGGUCUUUUCUGGACAAGCCAGUGUGUAUAAAGAGCACUUUCAUAGGCUUUUUGGGAAGGCUGGCGCGGAACAGCAAGUUUCGGGAGGCCCGGGCGGGCCCAGAAGCCGCAGCAGAGGCGUCUGAAAAGCCAGACAAGCCAGUGGCGUUUUCGUCGGUUGACGUCAUCCAGGUUCUGUUUUUUUUGUUUGACGAUGAAAACAUAGCUAUUCGGGUGAAAAGCUACGCAUCCGCCUGCAGAAUUGUAAAGCGAGAAAAAAAGUUCUGGGGUGAUGCAGACUGGAAAAAGUUCAAGCGUGCCAUAAGAUACAUAGGGGUUGAAAGCAUGCGGCUGCUGAGGAAAGAGCACGCGGAGAAAGAGCGGAAAAAGAUGGAAAAGCGAGCAAAAGUGACCCGGGUAGCAGGCAUGCUUAGAGUAAAAGUAAAGCUGGGCCAAAUUAUUCGGCACAGCGCGCCAUGCAUACAGAUACUUAAGAACGAUGUGGUUCUGGAGCAAGUGGUGACAAAAAGGAAGUACACAACAGUAUAUAUGCGAGAGGCAGGGCCAAUCGCGCUUGUUAUCUCCGAUAAAGAUCGGGUUAUAUUCAGAAAAACAUAUAAGGUAUAA